GCAUAGCUUACAAGAAGUGAUUCAAACGUGUGAAUUUGAAACAGUAGUUUUUCGAGUUGUUUCUGACUUUCUCCCUGGGAAAAAGUGGUCAGACAUGAUUUUUCGGACAUGAUGGCCCUUGGGUGAGUCUGGGGCCAUGGUAAUUGCCAACUUGUACACCAAGAUACAUUCAACCAUAUGUCAAAUUUCUAUUGUUUGUUGGUAGGAACAAGUACUAGGAGGUACUAGGUUAUUGUAGUUCUGCCGACUUCUGCCAACCACCUUCGACCUCAGCUGCCGGCAAUUGCCACCUGGCAAUUGCCACUGGCAGAAAUAUUUCAUUCUGCCAACAACACUACACGUGGCCGAUUGGAGUUCUUAUAAUGUGUUCUCGUUACUGUGCUAAUCAACUAUCAUGGCGGAACAUCAGGACCAAGUACCUCUUACUGACAUUGGCGUUCGUGACACAGGAAUUGAUGUUAUCGUUGUCGGCGCUGGCUUUGGAGGUAUUGCCUGUGCAAUCGAAUGCAAAAGGAAGGGUCACCGGGUGAUGAUCCUCGAGAAAGUGCAUGAAUUGAAACGCCUAGGCGACACGCUGAACCUUGGCGUAAAUGCUGGUCGCAUCCUAGCCAGAUGGGGUCUCCAUGAAAAAUUUUGGGACAUCUCCGCUAACCCACGAGAAAUUCACAUCCACGAUUACCUCGGAGGUUUCAUUCAAGUUCAAAAGCUACCCUUGCCGCUCUUCGGAGCGUUCGCUUACAAUGGUCAUCGAGCGCUUUUUCACGAAAUCCUUUUUGAGCAUGCGAAGUCCUUGGGCAUCGAGAUUCGCAUGGGACAUCAGGCCGUGGAAUAUUGGGAGGAUGAAACAAAUGGAAAGGCUGGUGUCAAAAUCCAAACAGGUGAAACGUUUGACGCCGAUGUCAUCGUUGCUGCAGAUGGAGUGAAGAGUUUGGCGAGAAAAUUUGUCAUCGGGUACCACGACAACCCAAAACCUUCUGGUUACGCUAUUUACCGAGCGUGGUUCGAUGCUGAAGAGCACGGUAUUAUGUCAGACCCAUUGACUGACUUCCUGACCAUUCAUGGGGAUCAGUUUCACACGUGGAUUGGUAAAGACGUGCACUUUAUAGCGACUUCCUCCCACGGAGGUAAAGUGAUUUGUUUUGUCAUCACUCACAAAGAUGACGCAGUUGUUGAUGGCGACUGGUCGUCCCCGGGUAAGAUAGAAGACGUACUCGACAUUGUGAAAGACUGGGACCCGCGGUGCGCUGCAGUCAUCUCCAAAGCUCCCUCGUGCAUCGACUGGAAGCUUCUUGUACACGACCCUCUUCCUACUUGGAUCAGCAAAUCUGGUCGUGUUGUAUUGAUUGGCGAUGCUGCUCACCCGUUCUUACCAACAAGCGUGCAGGGCGCAUCUCAAGCCAUUGAGGAUGGCACAACUCUAGCAGUCGCCCUGAAUCUUGCUGGCAAAAACAACGUUCCACUGGGCACGAGGACAUGGGAAUCCAUCCGGUAUCAACGGGUGCGUGAUGCACAGCUGUUGGGGGAGACUCUGCGUAAUAAAUGGCAUGGGGCGAAACCUGGUGACUCCGGGAAAAGUUUUGAGCUUCCCAAGCCUGAGUGGUUGCUGGCAUUCGACGCUGAGGCACACGCAUAUGCCACUUACGAUGGAAUAGCUCGGUCUAUAGUCGAAGACGGAUAUCGUCAGCCAUCUCUUUCUGGGGAGUAGUACUUGUGUGAAUCUUGAUGAUGUUUAUGUAUGGUGUUAUAGUCGCCCUGCACACCUAUCAUUCGCGCGUUCCGCGGCGUGCGCACUGCGCGGUGUGCGUUUUUUGGCUGGUGCUUGUGCGUUGCGCAAAGUUCGUGUUUGCAGGAACCACUGAGAGUUCGUAAU